AUUCGAAUAAAACAGGAUUAAAUAGUUAUGAAAAGAGAAUGCUGUACGUUGGUGUUGUACCAUGAAGAAAACAAAGGAAACAAAUGAAACGAAUUUCUCAAUGCCAUCGUGACAGCUGAUCGUUUGACAGUUGACCGGCUGUAUUUGUUUACAAUGAACGCGAUAGCGAAAGGGAAAUUAGGAAGGCUUUUACUGAAGAAAAACAUUUCUUUAGUGUCUAAUCAGCACAAUCCAGCAACAGGCAACGGAAAAGAGCAAAGUAAUGUAAGUGAUGUGCACAAUGAACUCGUCCCGAACAAUCAAGCGUCCUUCGGGAAGUCUCUACCAAUGGAUGAACAGGAUCCGGCAAGCGACUCAGAGGCAAGCAGUGUUGGUGAUCACCUUGUCAAUCCAAACACGAUCAAUUUGGAUGAAUCAUUUUUCUCACCAACAUUUGAAAAUCAAUUUCCUAUCGCGCGGGAUGAUGUUGACGACCCAUGGCAGGAAGAUACAGAACAGUCUGACUCGGAGUGCGAAGAGCCAACCGGUGAGGAUGACCGUAUGUACCAGAUAUUCUCGCAGAUAUCCGAAUACGAUAGGAUGGUUAAGGAAGCUAAUGAGUGUAGCGAAUCCUUUGAACGAAGGAGAAAGCAAAUGGAUUUGUCUCAACAGUUGCCGACCGAUGAUUACGAUGAGCCAUUUCUACUAACUCAAGCGGAAUGUUUCCCGGAAAACCCAUCUGCCGGCAACGAUCCCGACUGGGAAUGUGUAGCUGCUGAACAGCAUGCACACGCUGAAGAGCUGAAAAACGUGGAAAUAUUCGUUUCCACUAGCAGCUCACAAAAGCCCAAACGGCUGCUAGAUCCGGCAGAAAAGCUAAAGCGCCAGGAAUGGGAAAACACAAAAAAGUUAUACCUUGCUACACACAAAACGCACCUCUUGCUGCUGCUUGCUUAUGGCAUUAGGAUUAAUCGAACCGUAAACCAUAACAUGGUUGAAUUUGCUUCGGAACUGUAUGACCUGAUUGCCAACAGCGAGCUGACAGCGACUGAUGCGACGAGUUUGGAAUUUAUUCAAUCUGUCGUCGCGUACUACAAAACUGUGAUGAAACAAUCCACGGCGGGUGGUGGUCCGCGUGUAGGCAAACAAAGAAACGCAUUCGUACGGCAACUUGUGGCACGUGAGGUCACUUCUAGAAAAAUGCUUAAUGUGAUUCUUCUUACCUUGUUACGCUUUCUAAGCGUUCGCGCAAGACUCGUGAUGAGCUUGGACGUGGUACCGAAGUAUCCUCCAUCCGCGAAAUCCACUCCGAAGACUCAGUGCCAAAAUCCACCCAAGGGAAAUGUAAAUAGUGCUAGCGGUACGCAACGGUACGGAGAUGUCCCUUUAACGACGACCGAAAUAUUGAAACGUAAACCGGAAAUACAGCAAAUGUUUCAAAUGUCCCAACUCGACGGAGCGGAUGAUGAGCUGUUGUUGAGGAGAAAAGUUUCAUCUUCCCGGAAUGGAGGUAUAAAUGAUCCUAAAAUGGGAGAGGCUAUGGAGCUAGAUUCAACCACUAAACCAAAAGCUGUUAAGAUGGCCACAUCCAACUACUUUUCGAAAAAAGUUGCGCUUAGUCAAGCUACAAUCGAGAAUAAGAACACAACUAAUAGAAAACCAAACUUUGCAAAUCUUCGUAAAUAUGGAAUAGAAUCAUCUUCGAAGACCGAUGGAGAAGUAGAAGAAAAGCGGUUAAAAUUAGUUUCCUGUAAGUACUUCCGCAAGAAGCCUAAAGUGGGACAAACUUUCGGGUCACGAGAGCACAAGAGCACCACCAAAGAUAAACCCAAUCUUGCCAAGCUUCUCAAAAAUAAACUAGAAUCUGCUUCGGGCGUAAAUACGAAAAGACCAGAUCCGAAGAAUAGUGUACCUGAGCUCGAUACCUGGAUCGAAUGUUAUCUCGAACAGGAGCAACGCUGGAUCGUAGUUGAGGCGGGUCUAGGACAAACCGACUGUUUGGAUCCUGUGAUAGAUCGUAUCCUUGCGCCGGCAGCUUAUGUGUUUGCCUGGGAAGCGGAUGGCACCAUCGUGGACGUGUCUUCACGCUACCGUUGGCGGAAUGAGCAGCUUGCGUUACGGAAUCGAGUCGACGGCAAAUGGCUUCUCAAAGCGCUGGCACCCUAUCGUUUUCGUGGCGUAGAUGAAGCACGACUGCGAGAGCAGCUAGAAUUUCGCCGUCUUAAGCUUCGAGCACCGAUGCCCACUACUAUCGCACAGUGCAAAAAUCAUCCAUCCUAUUGUUUACACCGACAUUUGCAAAAGUUUCAAGGCAUCUAUCCUCCGGACGCACCACCGCUGGGUUACAUACAGGGCGAACCGCUCUAUGCCCGGGAGUGUGUCCAUACGUUGCACUCUCGGGAGGUUUGGUUGCGGCACGCGAAGGUGAUCCGUCUGUUUGAGCAACCGUACAAAAUAGUGCGCACCAAGCUAAAGCGCCAGCCAGCCGAUCUGGAGCUGUUCGGCUACUGGCAAACGGAAGACUACAUCCCGCCGGAACCGGUUAAUGGUAUAGUGCCACGGAAUGCCUACGGUAAUAUCGAGAUCUUCAAAGAGUGUAUGCUGCCGAAAGGCACAGUACAUUUGAAGCAAUACGGCCUCUCGUACGUUUGCCGCAAGCUGGGCAUCGACUAUGCCGUCGCAGUGGUCGGGUUUGGAGUGCAUGCCGGCGGUAAUCAUCCCGUGUUCGAUGGCAUUGUGAUAUGUGAAGAACAUCGCGAUCGUUUGCUGGAAGCCUGGAAGCGACAUCAGGAUGAAGUGGCACAGAAAAAGUUAGAAAAGAAGCAGAACGCGGUGUUGAACAACUGGGUUAAGCUGGUGAAGGGGUUGCUUGUGCGAAAGAAGCUGAAACACAAAUACAACUUUGAAGGAUGGUAGAAAAUUACGUUGUAUGCGAAUAAAACGUUAAGUUUGGUGCUUUAAA